GGAGGAGGGUGAGCGGGGCGGGGGACGGACCGGCCGGCGGGGACCGGCGCCUGUUGCCCCGAGAGAGUUAACGGUGCGGGGAAAGUCGCCUCUCCUCCGCCCGGGCCGGGCGCCUGGCAACCGGGGCGCCGCGCAUGUAGGGCCGCCGGGGGCUGCCGCCGUCGCCGCGCCCCCCCUCCCUUCUCUCCCCUCCCCCCCCGCCCCGCCGCCGGGCCCCGCGUCCCCCUCCCCUCCCCGCCCCGGACAAGGCGUUUAACGUGCCCAGGCGUGAAGUAUGGCAUGCAAAGAUGGUUUCUGCCAAGGAGCCAGCCAUCGCCAUGUCCUCGGGUCUCUCCAUCGCCCUCCUGCACUGCCUGUGCCUGGCGACGUGUCUCACCGGGCCGCCAGGGCAGGGCAAAAAAGAGGAGAAAUUGUGGCCGGAGAAUUUCACCAGCAUCCUGAACAGCCUCCUGGAUGGCUAUGACAACCGGCUGCGACCGGGAUUCGGGGGUCCUGUUACUGAAGUCAAAACAGAUAUAUAUGUCACCAGUUUUGGACCUGUUUCUGAUGUAGAAAUGGAAUAUACAAUGGAUGUCUUCUUCCGUCAGACAUGGGUAGACAAAAGAUUAAAAUAUGAUGGCCCUAUUGAAAUUUUAAGACUUAACAACUUGAUGGUUUCGAAGGUGUGGACUCCUGACACUUUCUUCAGGAAUGGGAAAAAGUCUGUUGCACAUAAUAUGACAGCCCCAAAUAAGCUCUUCAGAAUAAUGAGAAAUGGCACCAUCCUGUACACAAUGAGGCUUACAAUAAGUGCAGAGUGUCCCAUGAGAUUAGUGGAUUUUCCCAUGGAUGGUCAUGCUUGUCCUCUCAAAUUUGGGAGUUAUGCUUAUCCAAAGAGUGAAAUGAUUUAUACCUGGACAAAAGGACCUGAGAAGUCAGUGGAAGUUCCUGAGGAGUCCUCCAGUUUAGUUCAGUAUGACCUGCUUGGGCAUACGGUAUCCACUGAAACCAUUAAAUCUAUUACAGGCGAAUAUAUUGUUAUGACAGUUUACUUCCACCUCAGACGGAAAAUGGGUUAUUUUAUGAUUCAGACCUAUAUCCCCUGCAUUAUGACUGUGAUCCUUUCUCAAGUUUCAUUUUGGAUAAAUAAGGAAUCUGUUCCAGCUAGAACUGUGUUUGGAAUAACAACAGUGUUGACAAUGACGACACUGAGCAUCAGUGCAAGACAUUCACUGCCAAAAGUAUCCUAUGCUACUGCCAUGGACUGGUUCAUAGCGGUCUGCUUUGCCUUUGUGUUCUCUGCUCUUAUUGAGUUUGCUGCUGUCAACUAUUUUACUAAUAUUCAAAUGGAAAAAGCCAAAAGGAAGACAGUAAAAUCACUUCUUGAAUUUCCGGUUGCUCCAAUACAAAGAGAAAGAAGUACAGAAGAGACAGUCAUGAGUACAGAUGCCAAUUCAAACGUGAGGAAAAGAACGAAUGCCACAGUACAGUCUGAAGCUGAUGGUGGGAGCCGAAUUGACACAAGGCACAGCUCCAUCCAGCCUCCCUCUGUAGCUCAGGGGUCUUCUGACAUUACACCCCAUUCCCUUUCUGCAUCAAGUCCCAACCCUUUCACACGCAUCAAUGCAUCAGAGACAUUAUCUUCUGCAAGAGCUACCCCUCCAGCUCCUCCUUCUACCCCAAUUUUAACUGGAUUUGUAUCCCAGCAUGCCACAGCUGGAUCCCCUUCCAUUCAGCACUUGCUUGGAUCUAGACUGGAGCAGAUUCAGACCACCACACCCAAUACAUUAGGAGCAUCUGCAAAGCCAUCUGCUGUCACACCACCUGCUCCCCCCGCCGCCCAUUCUGGCACGAGUAAGAUAGACAAAUAUGCACGCAUUUUAUUUCCUGUUACCUUCGGAGCAUUUAACAUGGUCUACUGGGUGGUGUAUCUAUCCAAGGAUACCAUGGAAAAAUCGGAAAGUCUAAUGUAGUUUUGCUGCUAUGUAGUAGUUCCUAAAUUAUACUCACAUUUGAUGCAGAGUUUCUUCUUUUGAAACUAUUUAAAAAGGUCAAUAAUUCUUAUUUAUAAAAGCUGUGUGCUACUUUCCCAUUGUAAAGGCUGGAGUUAUUGGGGAUAAUUAGUUAACUCCUACCAGAGUAAUGGGUAACAGAUUUGUCUUCCUCCCUUCAGCUAGCAGUGAACCAUCACUCUCUUCAGACAGACUACUCUGGCUACACAGAACUUGCCUUUGGGAGGAAUAUGCACCUGAAACAAAUCAAAGGCAGAGGUGCACAGCUGUGCAGUGGAACACACCUUGACUGCUAGGAAUAUGCAUGUUGAUUACUACAAAUCCCUGAGGCACCCAGCACUGCUGUCUGGACACAGCAUUGCAUUCUUGGAGUGCAAGGUCCAUGUCCUGAAUAUUUUGACAGUGCUUGCUAGACAAGGACUUUCCCUGCUAGAUUAAAAUUGGCAAAAUGAGGGGGAAGAAAAUGAACAGUGGGAAAAGAAAAGAGAGUCCAGCCUGGGAGAGUGCAACUCCAGAAAAGUUAUGCAAAGGAGUUGUAGAGCUCCGUAUAUUUUUACUAAGCAUUAUUUUGCGUUGCAACCUGGGAAAUUCUCACUCCAAAAUAAGAAUGAGUGAACAUUGUAAAAUCUGAAAUCCGAUGUAAUUCUCAAAAUUGGAGGUUUUUGUUUGGUAAGGUGAUCUUAAGUGUGUGAUUCUUCUUUGACCUUGCUGACCAGCUUGAGUGGAUUUAUUCCUAAAUUACAUCCGUUUUGGUAGAUGAGGACCAGGCCCACAAUGUUCAACUUUUUAUUUGAAUUCUUUUUUCUUUCUUUGGAUGCUUUGUUGGGUUUUGUUGUUGUUCCCUCCCCCAUUUUUCCGUCACGCUCCUCUGAUUUCCUUUGAACAUAUAUUUCCCCACCACCACCCCUUAUAUAAUGUUUGAGUCAAGUUAAAUUUUCAACACAGUUUUAAAAGUGGCUUCAAAAUUAAGCAAAACAAAUUUUCCUGUGCUUUGAUGAGCAUGGCUAUGGCACAUCUUUGAGUGAAUGAGAGACACCCUUUUGUGAAGGAAUGCUGUGACAUAAAUAAGAAAAGAAAAUUUCUAGGUGGAGCCUGGGGAAAAAAAGUUUGUUUAUGAUCUGUUUGUUUCUCUUAAGCUAUGGCAUAGAUAGGCACUUUCCUUAGUGGCUCAAAUUGCAAUAUGCAAGCAGGCAACUUUAUUAAAGAAUUGAAUAGUUUAAACCUGAUAGAAACCUUCAUCAGAAAUGUUCUUUUCACCAGAAUGGGUGGAAGAUAUGCUGGCAAUAAAUCUAAAAAUGUUUGUCCAGAUCCAUCUGGCUAGGCAAAUGGUUAGCAUUUCUGCGCAGGUGACAAGUAAAAAUCAAAGGCCAAAUUCUCAGCUGUGAUCUGGCUGUGCCUGGGUCUGGACUAAUGCUUAGCUUCAGUUGAUUGGAAUAGCAGAUUGGUAGCCUAUUGUCAAAGGUUUAUGCUGGGGGGCAAAUCAGGUGAGUGUUGAAUGGUUCUGUGUCCAGGUAAUGAUCAAGUGACUGAUGGAGACCACAAGCAACUGGGGUAAUUGAGGACAUGCAUAAGACUGCCUUAGACUAUGUUGGGACAAGAAUCAGAGUAAAAAGGCCCCAUAAUGGUGAAACUAUGUCUGUAUCUUUGUGCCUCUUUCUGUCUCUCCAAACCUUUUAGACAGUUCAUGGCCGAGAAGCUGACCUUUAACGUACGGGACCUGGGAGACUGCAAGAGAUGUGUACUACAGCAUGUAGUAUGGAUCCCAGGCUGCUAUUUUGUCUAUAGCAUUGGAUUGUCAAUGAUAGAAUACACAGGGUGUGGGAAUGUCUUACAUGACUUUAUUAUGAUGUAGUGAUAUAAACAGUUACCUUAGUCUUUUUUUUGCUUAAGUGAUGCUCUCAAAAGGCCAGGUGUGGUCCUUUCCUUUUUGUCUUUUACAUCUAGAAGAAGUCUGGGAUUACAACAGUCCUUAGAAAACCAUUACACUUGCCAUAGCACAGAACUGGAGAUGGAGCACCCAUGCAAGAUGUCUAUCUGCAGUAAUUUGCAUCUUUGCAUGUAUCUCUAGUUGCUGUAGCUGUUUCUUCCCUAAUUUGGUCACAUUGUUGCAGAUUGUCAGAAUAGAAGAUAGUAUACAAGAGAUUGUUUAUUAAUUUUGUUAAACUGGAAGAAACAAAGCUAAUCCUAUGGUAAUUAUUGAUCAUAAUUGCACAAACGAUAAAGUAUUUCUAGUAUGAAGAAUGAUGGCCUUCUGUGUUAAGAGCCUAGUGUUUGCACCAGAAGUUACUGAAAUGACUCUUUUCUGUCCUCUCUGAUGAAAACCAAGGAUGUUUUCUCUCAGGCAGAGCUUUAAACUAUUCACUAGAAACAGCUGUCUCUUCCUUCCACCCAUCCCCAUAUAAAGAUUGUAUAAUCAGCUUUCUCAGUGCAUUGUUCAGUAGGAUCAACACUGGUUCAGGCUGUUUGACCGAGAUCAAUCUAAAUGUGCUACUUGGAUUCACUUUGUAGUUCCUGUUUCACUUUAAAGACUUAUAAGGAGGAAAAAAGGAUUGCAAAAAUUGAUAGAUUCCAAAUAUUUAUUUCUCUGCUUCCAUUUUGGAAGAAAUUUUUAGUGAUACCCCAAGAAAAAAAAAAUAAUCUAUUUUUAAUCUGUCAAUGUAUUUCUGAAGCACCUUCCAACACUUGCAUCCCUACAUUCAAAAUGAGAUAUAUAUAAAAAAAAAAUCUCAUUAUGAGUCUAGGACUAAUUUAUUGUACUGUGCUACAUUUUUGUGUUACAGCAUAUGAAGAAAUUACCAUAAAUAGCUUUCCAAAGUACCUACAGACAAUGUAAAUAGGAAUUUAUUGUUAACAUUGGUUCUUCAUUAUAUUUAAUCUCCUUGCAGAGUGAUCAGAAACAGUGAAGAGCUUGCAGUAUACUCAGUAAUACUGGCAGGUUCUGAAUACUGUGUAAUUCAGAAGCACAAACAAAGGCAGGAAUAUACUAAAUAUAGUGGCCCAAAUGUUCAACACUGCUAACUAAAAUCCUAAGGGAGAAUGUUGCAGGUGUCAUUUCAGUGACCAAAUGGCUUAUUAGGCAUGGGUUUGUGUGAGAUGAACUCUACAGGAGCUAUUUUUAUUUUUUUUUCUGCUGGCUUUGUCGAACAAUUUUUUCUUUUUUUUUUUUUUUUUUUUUUUUUUGACAGAACCAUACUGAUUUAAAACUAACCAAACACUUCAGAUAAGUCAUCGCUAUCAACAGGAAAGGAAACUGGAUAGAAAGCCAAAAACCCUUACCAGGAAACAGAGAUAGAUCUCCACUGACUGCUGUUUCCUCGGAGACAUUGUUACCAACAACAAAACUCCCACAGAUUGCAGUGAUGCAGCCCCAACCACUAACACAGUCAUUUGAGAAAACCAGUUAAAAACUCAGUUCAGGAAGAUUGCCUUCACAGGAACUGAAGUGAAUCUUAUAGUCAAUUGUGAGCAAGGUCAAAUUUCUAUCAGCCCGCUAUUAACAGGUUUCACUGCAAUUGCAAAAAUAAUGAAGCCGAGCAAGGUGGCAUACCUAGACCCCAACCCUCCAUGGUGACCUGAGCACUUAGAGCUCAUCAGCAGAACUGGAGUCUGUUUCUCCUCCUAUAAAAUGGACUUGUCUCCAUCAAAUGGAUGUUGAUGGCAUAUUUCUUCUCCCGCGUGUCUUUUAAGUGGAAAAAAAGUAGACUUUGUAAAGUGUUUAGUCAUCUGUUCUAGAUUACUCUGUGACCAGGCAAGUAGACCAUAUGAUAAUUGAAUGAAAGAGGUCAAUAAUUUAAUAAGAAACAUGAUUAGAGCUUUUCUAUUAACGAGGGCUAAAAGUUAUUGAUUACAGAGUGUUGAAGUGUAGCCUUUGGCAUCUCAUCAUUUUUAUUGUUCAGGAUGGACCUUGCAAAAAAUUGGGGAAACCAAAUAACUCUAUUUAAAUAGGACUUAACCAGUAUUUCUACAGAAAAGUGAAUGACCUCCGCUUUUCCAUGUGCACAGAAUUCUGUCUCCUUCCACUUCUUGCGUACCUCCUGUAUGUCAUUUGGCCGCGGUGUACCUUACGCUGUAGUACAGUGUCUGUGUGCCGUGUGAGAACAUCAGAGUAUACAGUGUUUAUUUAUCCAGUUUAUCCAAAGCCAUGUCCCUUGUGCUAUUGGAAGUGGAGGGAAGGCCAGAAUGGAAGAAAUGACCACACAGGUUGUGUAAGAGACACAUAUUGGCCACCUGGGACAUUUUCCCAUAGAUGCUACAGGAGGUUUCCUAGGAGAAUCUUUCUCAGUGUGAGAAGCUGGAGCAUGCUUUCUCCUGUAGCACACUCUCCCUCUGAAUCCCCAAAACUUCCAAGAGAUCUGUUUAGAAGACAGAGUAGAUCAUGGACUUUGCACACCAGGCUCCAGAACUUUUGCUUGACCCAAAAGAUUUAGGAGGAAAGAAAUUUUGGUGAGUUUUUCCUUGUCUUCCUGGGACUUGCCAGUACAGCUUGACUGCGCUAAAAUAGAUAGGCGUUGUGUGGCUAGCACUGUUGUGAAUUGCAGUACAGACAGCUGACAAAAAAUUUGCCUGUGGUUUUAUUUAAUCCUAACAUGGAAUAACAGAUUAGGAAAAAGGCAACUGUAGUGUUGAGAAGCCUAGGUGAAGUAUAAUGUUUACUGAUGAUUUGGAUAAAGCCAAGGAUGAUCAAAGUUGUAGAAAUAUUACAGAACUGCAGAACUAUGUGGCCGUAAGUUUGCGGCAGGUCGGUGGGAAGUGGGGAGAAUAGGAGGUGCUUUUCUUCGUGGUCUGCCAAGCAUAAAGCAGUACAGCAUAAAGUUGGAGGAGCAAAACUCUAUAAAUAAAAUUUCACUGAAAAUCCAAAGGGUAAACAGCCUUAUGGGGGUCAGUAUUAACCACCCCCCCUAAACCCCCCAAAACUAGGAAAAAGUCCAGGAAAAAAGAAACCAGUUAAGUGACAAUAGCAUCUUUUCUCCCCAAAUACAUUUUUUUUUAUUUUUUCAAGACCUUAUAUUUCUUUUACUGUGUGAUUCCAAGGUAAGUUACUUAUAUUUAUAUUGUUGUAAGGACCUGUACUGGUAUCCACUGAAAUCAGUACGUGUUUUUCAUUGACUUUGAUGCACUUUAAACAGGAAGUUUACUGGAAGGAAAAAUGCACCAUUUUGAAAGUCUGAUAUGCGUUAAUUUGUACAGUCUUCAUUUGUAGGUCUCUUCUUGGAGUCAAGAUGUAGCUUUUUUUGGAGUAUGAGUGUGGUGAGCAGUUUCAGCAUGUUCUGAGUAAAUCAGACUCUGAAAGUAAGUUUUUGGCACAUCCCAAGCAGGUGAGAGUAGCGUGAAGUACAGAGCACUCUGGAAAGAUCUUUCUUUGCUAAUGUUACGGUCUGUGCUCUUAACUGGAGGGAACAAAAAAUGCAAUUACUGUAAAAUUGGUAGAAUUUGUAAAACAUAUUUGGUUUUCACAUGAAUUAGACAAUGCGGUAGGUAUUUAUUUCAGAAUUGGGUAACAUUGCCUUCUGGUCUGUAACUUAGUGCAUCUACAAAUAUCUCUUAGACUUUCUUAUGCCUUUUAUGUUAUUCCACUAAAAAGGACUUCAAAGCAAACCAGUUACUAUCCACUGCCGUUCACUACAUUUUUUGGUCAUAAUUCUAUUUUCAUUUUGUUGUGCAAGAGAAACUGAGAGCGUGAUGGCUUCUUUAAAAUAAAAAUAACAUCAGCAAAAAUAAAAAGCUUUGGAGAUUCCCUUUUUAGAAAACCAUCCAAACUCCCAUCAAUUACUGAAUGCUCUUUUUAAAUAAUAGCAUAGUUUUAGCAUUUAAAAAUACUAAUGUGAUCACAGCCUGGAUACAUAUAUAUAUCUAUCCAUUCAAAUAGUAUGAAUUCCCUGAAGUGUAAGGGAGACAGGCUCAAGAUGCACUUGCAAGCAGUCUUGUUUUGAAAGAUUACCUUUCUGGAUGGAAAGCACUGUGUGAGGUAGGUUUUUUUUUAAUUAUUAUCAUAUCUCUAUUUUCAAGAAAAAGAUCCUGAGGAAAAAUACAGUACUACUGAAUUUAACCCUCUACUAGCACAGAGAUCUAGGUUAUUUCCUGCUGGUGAUCUUCCUGUUGAUCUCCUUCAACAUUUGGUGUGUGUUUUUGUGACUGUUGUAGCCAUGUUGCUGUUAACUGACGUAGCACUCUAUGGGUGAUCUGAUGGCAUAAAGAAGCAUUUAAAGGAAUAAUAAUUAUUUGUGAAUAUGUUUUCAUCCUUGAUAAAACUUAACUGGAGGUUUGUAGAAGCAGGUGGCAGUAUGAAGCACGCAGCUGGACUUCUGAGCUUGAUGUAUUACAAAAUUUAGUCGAGUACUGCUUUGUCUUGCCUCAUCAUCUUGUGCUGGUGGCUAAUCUCCAUGGUAAGUAAAGAUGCACAAGGAUGGAGGACUUGGAAGUCAAGAACACGUACAAGUAUUUCUUCAAAGUGCUUUCAAAGUAUGAGAUAGUUAACCUUGUUACUGACAGUAACUUUGCAGUCUGCUUUACGUUUGCAAGCUUGAAAAGCUCCUUGUCUGCUAGAAUGUACCAAGUCAUCAAAUGAAUAACAACAUACUUUUCAUAAAUAGAUGAUUCUGUAUGUACAUGCAUUUCAUUUUUUAUUAAUUUGUGGCAACAGUCUCUGGCACCAGACCAGUGUUGGAGAUUUGAAGAGUUUCAGAUAACCAGAAUUCUUGUAGAAUUACAUAAAAAUACCAUGUUGUCUCAUAGAUGCAUUCCUUUGCAGAUCAAUACCAGCAGCACGUUCAUGGUGGAAAUGAAUCCACUUGUGCAAAAUCCUGGCCUUGAGUAUUUAACCUGUAUUUGAAGGGCUCAUGAAGCAUAUGGGGCAGGGCAGGACUUUGGACACAUUUGCUUUAAGAGGCUUCUGGAUUGGAGCUGGCUUAUGUCCUGCCAUUGUCUGAAGCAGUCUGCACCAGACAGACCACAAGCAGAAUCCAUGGUUUUGGGUUUGGUUUUUUUUUUUUUGGGGGUGGGGUGGGGGUGUGUGUGUGUUUGGGGUUUUUUGUUUGUUUUUUUAAGACCAUGAUUACUCUACCAUAAAACUGUAUUACCACUGAAGGUAAUGCUCCCACCUUCUUCCUUACUGUCUUGCUUUGUGUGGGGAGAAGUAUUUGUGUGGUCAUGGUGAGCUGGCCGAAAUAAUUUGUCUAGCUAAAAACCAAGUUUGUCUUGUUGUCUUUUGGCUGGUUAGUAACCAGUGGGAUCAGUUCUCUGAUCAGGCUCCUUGUCUUAGUGCUGGUACAAAGGAGGUGGUGAGGAGGCUGGGAUUGAUGUUUUGAGCUGGGUUAAAGCUGGUGUGAAACCACAGCCUGAGAAUUCUCAUCCUGCCUCCACUGGCAUUAAAAAAAAGGUGCUCUCAGGCUUUUUCGAACCUCAGGUGCCCUCUGUAGUAAUUUUUCCUCCACAAAGGUGAUUUCGUGAAUUACAUCAAUGACAAAUAAUGGACAAAAAAAUAGAAAAUGCAGGCCAGAAUUUAUGAAAGAGCCCAAAUCAAUAAAGUUAUUUGAAGAGAGAGAAAAGGAAGAGAAGGGAAAACAUGAGUAAGGAUGAAAAAUUAAUUUCUUGCUACCAAGCAGUUAUUUUAAGAUAUGUCCUAUUAGAGGUACUAGAACAGCAUCUGGCAGGAAACAGCCUAGAAAUAAUUAUUUCUUCAUUAUAAGUAUAAUGAGAAAGUAAUAAAGAAAAUAAGUUGCUAAUGUCCUCUUAGAAACAUUUGUGUUCCAUUGAAGUUGUUUUCAUUAAAAAAAGGGUAUUUUCAUCAUCAGCCAGGAAGAAUUGGGAGACAGAAUGGUAAGGGAAAAAGAUUGUUUUAUUAAGUAUUACUGUUUCCCUGUGGUUUAGAGCAUUUCUCAACCAAAAAUGUAAACAGUAACAUUUUUUUUUUAUCUUUUGGGGACUCCAUAUAUUUAAUUUUCAGUAAUGAAGCACUGUGGAACUUAAAGCAUUUAACUUACUUUAUGUUUAAGAGACUGAAUACAGAGAUUGCUGCCUCUGAUUUAAUUCAGUUAUAAAAGGGGGAGGGCAGAAAAGAAAAAAGCUUUUAUUACACUAACAGCCAGUUUUUAGAAGUAUGAUGCCUUCCUGCUAAAUCUGAAGACUUCACUCCUCUACCUGAAUUCAUGGGAACUUUUUAGUACUGAGCAUUUCUGAUAAUCCAGUCAGUACUACAGCUUGUGGGCUGUGGCUGCAUUUAAGGUAGACAUGUCUGAAAAUGUACAUCCACAACCUCGGCACUUGCACAAUGUGGAUCCCAUGAAAGGCAAAGAUGCGUCUGUAACCCACUGUAUGGGUCCGUGAGAGCUGUUAUGUUGAUGUGGGAGAAGUUAGGAACCUAUGGUUAGAAAUAGAGGGGAGGAAGGAGAGUGAGACUGCCUCUUUCAGAGACAGUGCAGAUCUUAUAUUGAAUUAAGCCACUUAUGAAAAUGCCCUCUACUCUCUUUUCCAAGUAAGCAGCUUAGGUACCAGCUGAGUGCAGUGUGGAAUUCAACACCGACUGCGAAUCCUGCCCGAGGAUCAGCACAAAUUAAUCUGUCCUCAGGUUUCUGAUGCAGUGACUGGAAGACUGGAAAGACGUGAGCUAGCAGCUGCUGCCAGCUGGGAUGCAUCCAUGUUGCUGUGCAUCCAAACUGUACCAUGGGGCAUCAGGGUCCUCGGAGCACAGGGGUGGGAUGGAAAAUGCUUUCUUGGAGUACAAAAUAGGGCAGCCUGAAGCUGAAGAAAACUCUUCCUUCAGCUCAGCACUGCUGGUACUCACUCUAACAGCACUGAACAUCCCAAAGGAGGACCAAGGUAUAUUGCAGUCUUGUCUUCUCCUUGCAUGUCUGCUAAAUGCUCUGAUAUGGAGAGUGGUGGGAGUGACAAGUACAUGUAUGGUAAUGAAACAGAGCAUGCUUAGUGCUGCUGCCUGGUAAGUACUCACAGUCUCAUGCCAGCAGUUUGUGGGCCUUCCCAGAAGCAGAACUGCAUCGCUGAAUUUUUGUAGGUACAGUUGUUAUGCCCCUACUACUUCUCCCGCAGCUUAAACAUUGGAAAAGGGGUUUUCUCUAUGACGCUCAUUUCUCUGUUUUGUUGUGUAUUUGUGAAGAAGAAAAUCAAGCUGAAUUUUUCUCUAGUUCUGUUUGUUUAUUUUUUUAAAAAAAGAGGUUUCCUCACCUGCACACAUGGAAAUCACAAGCUCUGUUGCAAACUUUGGGAAGGUAGCAAACACUUCUAAGCCAACUUCUGGAGACUCUCUAUGCUUAUUAAAAAGACAGCAUUUGUUUUCAAGUAAAAUCUCUCAUUUGGAGAGUAUUUAGUUACAACUUUUUAAAUGAGCUGUAGUUUAUCAAAAUAUUUUCUCUGUACUGAAAAUGUGAAUUUUAUUUGUAGCCAUUUCACGUAGGAAGGUAAGACACAAUGAAUGUACGUGGGUUUUCUGUUAAGCUAGUUAAUAUAUGUCACAGUACGAAAGAUGCUUAGCUAAGUAUCCAUUUCAUAAAUACAUGGAUUGUAUUUUUUUUUUCUUUUGAGAAUAUGGAGAUCAUAUGUAAACGGAAGGUGGGUGGAUUUUGUAGAGAGAUUUAAAAAGGCUACUUCUCACUUCCUAUCUUGAUAUCAUAUGCAUAAACAUAGUGAAACCAGGUAAGAGAAAAUACGUGAGUAAAAGACAAGACCUUCUUUGAUCUUCACACUCUCGAUUUUUCUUACUAAGUACGCGAGUUAACAGCUUCCCUAUACGCUUCCACAUCUUCCCUCUGCUGUGCCGUGGGGGGAGUGCAGGAGGCAACGCCUUUUCAAACAAGACCUAGGAAUUUUUAGGUUCCGUUCAUCAGUCCAGUCAGGAAGGCACUCGGUCAGUGCUGGCCUUGCUGAGUUAGGAACGUGGUUUCGUAGGUGUAAAUUUAGUCCUGAUGGAGCAAUCUGUUCAGCAGGAGAAGGUAUCCCAGUUCUGGGUAAGAACAGCUGAGGCUGGAGACCAUUAGGCGUUUUGCUGAGGUAAGCCGUAAGAGUGGAAUUAGGCUUGAGAGCUGCUCAUUAGCUAUUUAAAACCCCCUAAGUGUACAAACUAAACCCACGCUUCAGCGUGUCCUGCCACUUUUGCGCUGUUUUGAUUCGGUCCGGACCCGUCCCUGCCUUUGCUGCCUUGCCUCGUGGCUGAGGUGGGGGGCGGCCGCGGCUGGGGCGGCGCAGGAUUCGCACGCCUGCCCCUCGGCUGCGCGCCCGCUCUGCGCGGAGCAUCACCAGGGUGGGCAGCGGAGCCUCGGCAUGUGCUCGUGCCGGUGGCAGAUGAAACCUGACAGUCGAGCAGCGUGGGUAGGGUUGGAGUACUGAAGCGGUGGUCUUUAAAGAUUGUUGCGUGGGUUUCAAGAUCCGUUGUUAGUGCUGUGGCAUAAAGCACUUCGGAUGCUUGAAGUACAAGUUGGUUGUAGAGCAGACAAAAGAUUUUCUGGUUUCUACAUUUUCUGGAUGAGUGCUAGCACUGCCAGCCUGCUCGUGCUGUGUGCUGCUGUGACAAGGGCCGUUUGACUUGGAUGUAUGUGAAGAGUGUUGCAUCACUAGCAAAUACACAGAGCAGUGACAGUAUGUUAAAAGCCUGGCUGCAGACACAGUAUUUACUUGCUGGUAAUAAGUAAAUAAGCCCCCAAUGUUUGCCCCAAGUUCCUGUUUCUCCUUACCUUUACCUACUGCCCUUGCGCUCUGCCAAUCCUGCCAGUUUUGAUAUCCCAAAUUGCUGAGGCACUUCUGUGAGCUGUGAAAAUUGGUCCAUCUAACAAAUGAUGUGGAACGUCCUUUCUUUCGCUGUCUCAAAUCACAGUGGUCAGAGAGGCAGGCUGGGGGAUACUGCUGUGCUAAUUCAAAGUGUAAUAGCUGUACCACCUGAGGAACCAAAAGAAAAAGGAAAUUUCUACAUGAUGUGCAGCAGCUGCUAUAGCUGUGUGUUAUUUUUAAGCCGAAAAAAGUAAAAAGCAAGAAGAUGGUAUUUACUGGUGUUUUAAUUAACUGUAAGCUUUUCUUUUCCCGUGAAGCCCUGUCCAUUGUAACCAAAGCAUUAGGGUUUAAGCUUAAACAUUGUAAGGAAUACUCCCAGUGAAAAAUAUGAAGCUUCUUGAAGUAUUUUUAUCUUUGUUUUCUGUAAAAGCCGUGGCAUGCAGAAAAUGCACACUAAAGCAGCAUAAUAGAAAUGCUUCUUUAACACCCUCUUAGGAAAGUCCCAAAUCCCCUAACUUCUCUGUCAGUAAUUUACUACUACUGCAAUAUGUGACUGUCCUAGAUGCAUGUUGCAAGAGUUUCUGUGCCAUGCCAAAUUCUGAUGUUUAUCCCUUUUGUAUUGACUCAUACAUGGGGAAAAAAUGAAAGGAAAUCAAAGCAAGGGAAGCAUUGGAGUUGAGUUUUUACACUGUUCUUUGUGCACUUUUUUGUUGCGUGGAACAAUGUGGCUGGGAGGACUGGAAGAAUCAGAGGUUAACUAGAUUAUUUGAAUGCAUAUAUUCAAUGCUGGUCACCUGACUAUACUAACAAACUUAAAAGGUGGUUUGAUAGCUGUCAACUUGUUUUGCUAUUGUGCAGCUUAACUGUUACCUUCCUGUAUUAUGAACAUCUAUGUAUUUGGAAAAUAAAUCCAUCUUGCAAGAAAGAUUGUGCAAAAAAUUGUUCCUAUUAUACUCCAGUGUAUAUUGCUGAUGUCAAAUAAAAUACAAUUGUGAGAGUUCUUAAA